AUGGCGUCGACUUCUACUUCGCAGGCCGAGAUGGUCGCGAGCUUGAUUGGGGAAAAGGUGCUAGAAACACUAGAUAAGAAACAUCAGAAGCUGGACGAAACCAUUAAAAAACUCGAGAAGGCUGACGAUGACGAGCUAGAGCGACUUCGCGAGAAGCGGCUGCAGGCCAUGCAGCAGAAAGCGCGUAAGAUACAAGAGUUACGGGCUCAUGGACAUGGAGAGUAUUCCACCAUUUGCGAUACACAUGAUUUUUUCGAAGUUAUGAAAAAGAGUGACAAGGUCGUAGUCCACUUUUUUACUCCGGCCAACGCUUUCUGCCAGCUUGUGGACAGUCACUUAACGCGUCUGGCACCGCACCAUGUUGAGACAAAGUUUGCUCGUAUCAAUGCUGAAAAGGCCGAGUAUCUUGUCGAUAAGCUCGGAGUGUAUAUGAUCCCUUGUAUUGCCCUGGUUCAUAACCAGAAGGUAGAGAAAAUGGUACAGGGUCUGGACGAGCUUGGAGGCACAGACAAAUUCUCAACUGCUUUUUUGGCUUACUACUUGAGUUUGCACAAGGUGUUGACGUAUGAAGGACCAGAGCCAGAAAAUCCGCUGGAUGAUUGUGGAGGAGCCUACGCAUCAGGAAAGGAUCCGAUUACGGCGAAGCAGCAGUUAGAAGAACGAAUUCAUAAUAUUCGCCAGAGUAUCUUCUACGACAGCGAUAUGGAUGAAGAUGAUUAG